AUGCGUUUCAUCACCGCCGUUGCCGUAGCCAUCUCAGCCUCCGCCAGCUUCGUCGCUGCCCAGGACAAGUGCGAUGCCCAGAACAUCGUAGACACUUGCGUCCAAGGCUACCAGUCCCGCAUCGAUGAUUGCAACAAGAACCCCAACGACUUCAUCUGCCUCUGCGACGUCUACAGAGACGUUCUCGUCUGCUACAACAACUGCCCUGACUCCCUUGAGAAGCCUCCUGUCCAGAACACUGUAACAUCUUACUGUGGUGCCGCCGAACCCCUCCGCGCCGCUGCCUCCUCGUCCAUGGCCUCGGUUGCUAGUGUCGCUGCUACACAGUCUCGUGCUGUUGCCAGUGCUACAAGCGCCAUGACCAGCGCUACUGGUACCGGCACUGAGUCUGAGGCUAGCGCAACUCCCAGCAGCUUCGCUGGUGCGGGUAGCAACCUUGGCGUACCUGCUGGUGCUGCCAUUGUUGCCAUGUUUGCUGGACUGUUGUAG